AUGUCGCUCGCGCAAGACUUUGCAUCCCACAAUCCUUUAGAACUCGUCGCCAAAGACCUCUCCCUUCAAGUAGGUUUUCAAGCUUCCAACUAUGCAAAUGUCGCGCUCCUUUUCAUGCUCAUCUAUGACCACGCAUUGACCUUCGAGGGCGAGGUCAAGUAUAUUUGGUCGAUGAAGUGGGCACUCCCUAAGAUAUUCGUUCUGAUUAAUCGAUAUGGGGUUCCACCUUUCAUAAUACGGGAACGACAGGAGAGUACGAAUAGCACUGUGGGCGAUAUUUGCAUGUACGCCUCCCUUUCAAUCUCCUGCUCUGCGAAAAUUCGAUCGUCCUUCCAGUACAGUUGUCGGUAUCUGUAUCCUUUACCAUCCUGGCUCUCAUACACUCGCAAGCCUCUCCUCUCCGGCUGUCUUUACGUGAUCCCUGUGCCGUUUGAGAUUGGGUUAUGGGUCCCAAGUUUAACCUUCGAGGCUAUCCUGAUUGGGAUGACAAUCCUAAAGACGAGAGGCUUCGGCAACGCCCCAGAUGCGCUGAAGAUUCUGAUUCGGGACUCGGUUUUCUACUUCCUCUCCAUCUUCAUAUGCCUACUUGUCCCGGUCGUCCUUCCAUUAACUGAUAAAUAUAUCAUCACACCGCAACUAGUCGUGCCACUCAGCACUGUAUCAUGCAUUGGAGUAACGCCGUCCACUCGCCAGACGAUGACACCGUCGCUCACGAAUCUUUCCUUCCAGGUCGCCAGAUUGACUAUUAAUAUACGUGAAGUCAUGGCUUCGCGGCAGGAGCAGUUCCCCCCAACCGAUAUCCAUGUCGUAUCCAACAUCCUGAUACGAGGCCCCAAGCUGGAAUCAGACGUGACUUGGGGAAGCUCGGAUCUCCAGUUGACUGAAAUUAGCAAGACGUCUGACGCUCGUCGCCGUUUCCAAGUGUAA